AUGUCAUUAUAUGGACAGCUAUUUACGCGUCCAUCGGGAACCGGAGUCUUAUCCGAUGACGUCAAGCUUUAUGUCAAGGAUUUUAAUGGUGAGAUAGUUCCUAUCGAGCCCGAAUUGGAUAUUAAAUUCUUGAAACCACAGGACGUUAAUUACUCGCAACACUAUUUCCGAGGCGUCAAUGAUAGAGGCGCAAGUACACCUCUGGGAAGCACACCAUAUACGCGGCUCACUGAAUUAUUCAAUGUCAACCAUUUUAUAACUAAUUUGGCGCGUCCAUAUCUAGCACCUGUUAUCAGCAACGAUAUCAAGCAUCAUCAUUCAUAUGGCAAAAUUAAGACAGAGAAAACUGACGACACUGACUACACAAUUGAAUGGCUUCGACAGAAAGACACGCCAGGCAUUGAAAAAACGAUAAAGUCUCUGACUGUUUCCAAAAAGCUACCUAAUGAUUCGGGCUUCAACUAUGCAAAACACUUGAAAAAUGUAUUGGGUCUCGAAGUCCAACACAGGCUUGAGGUAAUGAAUAAGCUUGGAAUAUUGCCAGAUGUCAUUAAAAGGCUAUGUAUUGACGAGAAACCCUCCACUGCACACCUUAGUUCCAGUUUGAGAGAAAUAACUAUUGUGCCAGAACUUCGCUACCUUGUGCGUGAUUUUGGAAGAGUGUUCGAUGUUGGCAAAACCAGGAAAAAUAUACCGUAUUGGAUUUUGGUAGGAGAAAGAUCUGUUUGGCCGUUAUUGCCUCUUAUAUGGGCCAGGUGCUCCAUUGAGUUCGCACUAGAUGAUCUUUACAACCUCCAUAGAAAGCACUAA